AUGGGCUUCAUUCAACGCAUUGCAAAGCGGCUGCCAAGUGCGCCGAGUCUUCCCAUAGACGAUGAACCUCGGGAGAAAGGCCGGGCUUCCGGCCGUUUCGCCUUUUUCCGUCGGCGCAUCAGGUUGAAGGGCAACUCUUCCAUUUCUAUACCCCUGGGUUUUGUGUUACUAUUUCCAUGCCUUGUAAUUGUUUUCAUUCUAUUACUUUUUCGUCCGACACCCCUCGUCCCCCGGAGGGAUCUUAAUCCCCGCGGGCACUCCGCCAUCAAUUCGUAUGAUAAGGUUUUCGCCACCGGCUGUAUGCCCAUCGACCCGGAGGCACAGAACGGCCCCAAGGCCAACGCCGCCUUUGUCGUCCUUGCCAGAAAUAAGGAGCUGGAUGGUGUGAUUCAGUCGCUCAAGUCAAUUGAGCGGCACUUCAACCGCUGGUUCCACUACCCUUACGUUUUCCUCAACGACGGCGACUUCGACGAAGACUUCAUGGCGACAGUGAAGAACUACACCAGCGCCCCAGUCGAGUUUGGCAAGAUCGAUAACAGCAUGUGGGGAUUCCCCGAUUGGGUGGACCCUGAGGUUGCUAAGGAGGGUGUUCGCAAACAAGGUGACGCUGCUAUCAUGUAUGGUGGCAUGGAGAGUUAUCACCACAUGUGUCGAUUCUACUCAGGGCACUUCUACAAGCACCCACUCCUGAUGAAAUACGAGUGGUACUGGCGCUUGGAGCCCGAGAUCAAGUACUUCUGUGAUAUCACUUAUGACCCUUUUAUCAAAAUGCAGGAGGCAAACAAAACAUACGGUUUCACUAUCGCCGUGAAAGAACUUCGUGAAACAGUCCCCAACAUCUUCCGUUACGCAUCGGCCUACAAGCGAAAGAAUAACCUCAAAUCGAAGGGUCUUUGGGAAAUGUUCUUGGAACGUCCUGCUGAGGAGGAAGUCCCACCCGAGGGAGAGCAGAAGCAGGAGAAACUCCCCGAUGAGAUCCUGGCGACCGAACCCGGUGACAAGAACCUUGAUGAUAUCGAUCCUGAGGCCAUGGAAGGCGAGAGCUACAACAUGUGUCACUUCUGGAGUAACUUCGAGAUUGCACGCCUGGAUUGGUUCCGAAGCAAGGAGUACGAAGACUUCUUUACAAUGAUGGAUCGCAGUGGUGGAUUCUGGAUGGAACGAUGGGGUGAUGCUCCUAUCCACUCUCUCGCUGCCGGUGCUCUCCUCUCCCCAGCGGAUAUUCACUACUUCCGUGAUUUCGGCUACCGACACACCACCAUCCAGCAUUGCCCGGCAAAUGCUCCGGCGCGACAGCUUGCUCGUGAGCCCUACCUUGAAAAGACUACCGAGGAUGAGAAGAAGCGGAUCGAAGAAGACGAGUACUGGGCGACCGCUGAUCCAGUCAAGGAGAACGGUGUUGGCUGUCGAUGCCGCUGUGACACUGACAUUGUUGAUGUUGAAGGCAAGCAAGGCAGUUGUCUGGCAGAAUGGGUCGAGGUGGCCGGCGGUUGGGCUUCACCAUAA